AUUACAGGAUUUUGCUUUCUGCCCCUGCAUGGGGAUUCAUUAUUAUACACCUCCCAGCAUGGGUUGCCCUGUGUGGCCUUGGUCAAUUGAAAGUCGACAAGCCCAGCUAAACUGUUGCUCUAAGGCCCUCUUAUGGUGUAUUGUGGUAUGGCUGUUCACAGCAAAGCAGCUAGAGAAGCUAGCCAAGAAGGCCGAGAAGGACUCGAAGACUGAGCAAGCCAAAGUCAAGAAGGCCCUUCAGCAGAAGAACGUAGAAUGUGCUCGCGUCUAUGCAGAGAAUGCAAUCCGGAAGAAGAACGAAGGUUUAAACUGGCUUCGGAUGGCUUCCCGAGUGGAUGCAGUGGUCUCCAAGGUGCAGACAGCAGUGACCAUGAAGGGGGUGACUAAAAAUAUGGCUCAGGUGACCAAGGCCUUGGACAAAGCUCUGAGCUCCAUGGACCUACAGAAGGUCUCAGCGGUGAUGGAUAAAUUUGAGCAUCAGGUUCAGAACUUGGAUGUUCACACCUCGGUGAUGGAGGACUCCAUGAGCUCUGCUACCACCCUGACCACGCCGCAGGAGCAGGUGGACAGCCUCAUUGUGCAGAUUGCCGAGGAGAAUGGCUUGGAGAUCAUGGACCAACUCAACCAGCUCCCCGAGGGGGCUUCAGCAGUGGGGGAGAGUUCUGUCCGCACCCAGGAAGACCAGCUGUCCCGAAGACUGGCUGCCUUGCGGAAUUAAAGUCUCCCGUUGUUCUGGAUGAUCACUGUUCCCCUACUGAUCGUGUGUGGAGUGGGGACAUGUGGGAGAGCCACCCCCCAAAGCUCCCACUCUAUCCCUGCUGUGGCCUUCUGCUAGCAAAACCAGAACCAGCAAGCCACUCCUUCAGAGCCUGUUCUUCUGCGGUGGACUCUGGUCUUUUCCGACGAUGACUACUCCCUGAAGAGGCAGCAAGAAGAGGUGUUGGAGGGAGGUUUGCCAAGUGAGCGUGGCCUUGCUCUGGGUGGCAGAGUGUUCAGGGCUCUUGUCUUUAAAGCAGCGCUACCACUGCCUCUCUGCAUUCUGGGCCUCUAGGGGGAGUGAAGAUGCUGCUUUGAUUCUAACACUACAAGGAGAUCUUGUUGGAAGGGGAAGUGCAUGUUCUGAUGAGACACUGGGUGCCUGCCCAUCUCUGGAUGGCUGUAUCUCUAGCAAAUGUGUAGUGCAUCUUUCUCUCCACAUCCUGUACAUUGGCUCUCUUAGCCACAGUGUGCUUUGCUGUGGGUGACCCUCCUACUAACAGCAUGCAGCAGGUAGUGCCAUGGAUCCUUCCUGUUUCCAUCUAAGCCCCUUCCUUCCCCACUGCUUAUUGUAGCUGAGGGGAAGGAGUGCCCGCCUGGGGUGUACGUGCACAUUGGUAGUGUUUCAUGGGUGAGGCAGCUGCCUUGGCUGAAGGGCACAAAUCUCUGUAGUGGUGUCUAGUACAUCCAUAUUCCCAGUUAUCUGCUAGUCCCUGGUGCAGCACCUGUAGCAUUGAGACGAUAGGGAUCCCAGCGUGCAGGGAUCUCGCUUUGCCCACUCUUAGCCCUGGCACUGCUUGUCACGUUGCCUGCCCUGGAUUUUCUCACCGUUAAGUGACCUUUGAGAAGUUUGCCUCCACAACCACACGCUGUGACCACUGAGAUCUGGGAUUCUUCAUGCAUGCCACCCAGGGAACGAAGCUGUCCUGAGCUGCUCCAGCCUGGCAGCUUUCAAGGUGCAGCGCUGUCUGCUGGGAAUGCCGGGGCAUGGUCUGUCUCCCAGCUCUGUCACUGGCAGCAUGACAGCGGAGCAAAUGUCCAGCCCCUCCUGUGAAUGGUGAGGAUGUCUCCACUGUCCCAGCAGAUGUUGUACUUCCCUCCUAAAUACCUCUGUUGCCUUUACCUCUUGGGUCUCUUUCCCCCGCCUCCGCUCCCUUCCUCAGGGCUGACACUGACAAGAUGCCGCAGCUCCACUGGUGACUGAGUGUAAGCUCGUCACUUCCUUUAACCCAGUCGACACUGCAGGCCCGGGAGCCAGGCUGAGAAGGAAGGAUUGGCCCGCACACUUUCCUCAGCCCCAGGCGUGAGAGCUUUGAGAGGCGUACGGUGUCACUUCUCACACUCAGCCUCCUCUUCAGCCCAGCUCCGUGUAAUGGUGGGAGACAGCGCCGGGGAAGUGGGGAGGUAGCGAGGGGAGAUCUGAGCCAGGUUCCCAUUCAGAGGAGUUUUAACCCCCAUCCCUGCUGGCUCUACACUAGCUGCCAUGUGCUGGGAGUCUGGUACCACUGUGCUGGAGUCAGUGCAGAGCACUUCUGGCAUACCCAGCAACAUGGCGCAUGUGUUUGGCAGCAGCUAAAGUAGAGAGUGGUUACUGUGAUGAACGGCCCUGGGACUGGAGUGCUGGUUUCACAGGGAGAGCUGGCUCAUAAUUCAUUAACUGUCUCUAAGUGUUAAGUGUCCAGUAGCUUCUCACAGAUGUGCUAAGGGACCUGCUUCUCUUUGGUUAGGGAGCAAGAAUUCACUGCUUUGGGGAGCAGGGGAGGCAGAUGGCAUCAGACACACUCCCCAUCACCGUCAUCCCUGAGAGCAUCCGGUGCAGCCUGGUGUCUGACGGUGGCUGGCCUUGCCACUCUCAGUCGGAAGGCAUGUCGCUGGGGUACAGAGUCAGCAGGCUGGGGGUUCUGGAGCACUUACGUGCAGACACAGUUUGACAUCUCUGAUAUUUUCCCUCUGCGUCUUGUGGCCUUGGAAGAUGCACGUUCGCCUCCUUUUUGCGAUUACCCUGAGCUGGGCUGUUUGAGUCCAGCUGCGGCUCCCCCCCCACGGUGACAGAGGAGACACAGGACUGAGGAGGAAGCUGGGGCUGUAGGUGAGCUCCAGGGCCGGCUCUAGCAAUUUUGCCGCCCCGAGCACGGCGACACACCACGGGGGGUGUGCUGCCACUCACCGAUCGCGCGGCUCUGGUGGACCUCCCGCAGGCAUUUCUGCGGAGGGUCAGCUGGUCCUGCGGCUCUGGUGGAGCUGCCGCAGGUGUGUGUGCGGGAGGUCCACUGGAGCUGCUGGACUAGUGGACCGUCUGCAGGAAUGCCUGCGGCAGGUCUACCGAAGCCUCGGACCAGCGGACUGUCCGCAGAAACGCCUGCAGGAGGUCCACUGGAGAUGCCUGCCGCCCUCCCAGCAACUGGCAGAGCCCCCCCGCGGCAUGCCGCCCCAAGCACGUGCUUGGCGCGCUGUGGCCUGGAGCCGGCCCUGGUGAGCUCAGGGGCUUUGUUCCUAAUCCUGGCAGGGUCCUGGACUCACUUGUGACCAUGUGUUUGGUCUCUGUGCUUCAAUCAGAGCCAGGUGGGUGAAACGCAGGAGCCCCCCUGAAAAUCUGAGCAGAGCUUUCCAGGGCAACCCCAGGGAGAGGCUUUUAACAGGGGUUGAAGGGCAGGCUGGCCUGGGGCAACUGUGAACAUCUUGUUCCACCCAGCUGGGGUGUUUUCAGGAGGCACAGUGAGCACUAGCCCCCCUGCUCCUACCUUGUGGAAAUGGCCUACCCCUGCCCAGCUCCUCUCUUGGCAGCUGUGUGAAAUCAGGAGAAGGGGCUGGCCCUGCCUUUGCCCUGGGGAGGAGAUCCUGCCCUCUGUAAAUGAGCCUGUUUUUUCCGUGAGGUGCUGUCUGUGUUUUUACAAUGCUGCUUUCCGUUGCUGGUUUUGAAAUGAACACUGUAAAGUCCACUCUGUGUUUUAAAUAAAGGGACUGUCCCUGAAAA